AUAGCUUCUUUUCUACACAGAGCUUCUGCAACUUACACAGGGUCCAGAGAGUAAUUCCACAACAACCGUUUAACUCUCUGAGAGAACUUUUUUUUUGUAACGCAGUUCCCGAAAUCUGGCCUCCAUAAUGGCUUUUCAAUACCCCCAGGCUUACCGUGACGAAGCAGUUGUGGACGACUAUCAUGGCUAUAAAGUACCGGACCCAUACAGCUGGCUGGAGGACCCAGACAGUGAAAAAACACAAGCCUUUGUCAGUGCUCAGAACCAGCUGACAUUGCCAUUUUUAGAGCGCUGUGAGGUGCGAGACCUGUUCAAGGAGCGUAUGACUGAGCUUUAUGAUUACCCCAAGUAUAGCUGCCCUUUCAAGAGGGGGAGUAGGUACUUUCACUUCUACAACACAGGCCUUCAGAACCAGAGUGUGAUGUAUGUGCAGGAGAGCCUGGAUGCUGAGCCCACAGUCUUCUUAGACCCAAACACUUUUUCUGAUGAUGGGACAGUUGCCCUGAGAGGCUAUGCAUUCUCUGAGGACGGGGAGUACGUGGCAUACGGCACCAGUGCCAGUGGGUCCGACUGGGUGGAAAUCCGAUUCCUGCGGGUUGAAGGUGCAGUGCCUCUGGAGGACCACCUGGAGCAAGUCAAAUUUAGCUGUAUGUCCUGGACACAUGAUGGCAAAGGACUUUUCUAUAACUCCUAUCCUGACCAGGAGGGCAAGAGUGAUGGCACUGAAACCUCCACCAACCUUUACCAGAAGCUGUAUUUUCAUGUUCUGGGGACUCCCCAGUCUGAGGACGUGCUGUGUGCUGAGUUCCCUGAUCACCCCAAAUGGAUGAGUGGGGCUGAGGUAUCAGAUGAUGGGCGCUACGUGCUGCUGUCUAUCAGGGAAGGUUGUGAUCCAGUCAACAGAUUGUGGUAUUGUGACCUCCAGACCACUCCUGAGGGUAUUACAGGCCUUUUGCCAUGGGUGAAGCUAAUCGACAACUUUGACGCCGAGUACGAGUAUGUGACCAAUGAGGGCACGUUGUUUACUUUCAAGACCAACUUAGAUGCCCCACGUUACCGCCUCAUCAACAUCGACUUUGCCUCUCCGGAUCAGUGCAACUGGAAUGAACUGAUCCCACAACAUGACAAGGACGUUAUUGUAUUCGCCACCUGUACAUACUCAAGCUACCUGUUUGUGUGUUUCCUCCACGAUGUGAAGAAUGUGCUGAAAAUGUACCGUCUGAGCUCAGGGGAGGAGCUGAGGACCUUCCCUCUUGAUGUUGGCUCUGUAGUAGGCUUCACAGGGCGGAAGCGAGACUCUGAGAUCUUUUAUUAUUUCACUUCUUUCUUAUCCCCAGCCAUCAUUUACCACUGUGACCUGACCAAGGAGCCGCUGCAGCCCCACAUCUUUAGAGAGGUCACUGUCAAAGGCUUCAGUCCCUCUGACUACCAGACCACCCAGAUCUUUUAUCCCUCCAAGGAUGGUUCUCAGAUUCCCAUGUUUAUAGUUCACAAGAAAGGCAUCAAAAUGGAUGGAUCACAUCCAGGUUUUCUGUAUGGCUACGGAGGCUUUAACAUCUCCAUCACGCCAAGCUACAGUGUCUCUCGACUCAUCUUUGUCCGACACCUGGGAGGAGUCCUGGCUGUCGCCAACAUCAGAGGAGGAGGAGAGUACGGGGAGACCUGGCACAAAGCUGGCAUGUUGGCCAACAAGCAGAACUGCUUCACAGACUUCCAGUGUGCAGCUGAAUAUCUCAUCAAGGAGGGAUACACUUCACCUUCCAAACUGACUAUAAAUGGAGGCUCCAAUGGUGGCCUGCUUGUAGCGGCCUGUGUGAACCAGCGGCCCGAGCUGUUCGCCUGUGCUGUAGCUCAGGUAGGUGUCAUGGACAUGCUGAAGUUCCACAAGUUCACAAUUGGCCAUGCCUGGACCACGGACUUUGGCUGUUCAGAAGACAAAGAGCAGUUUGAGUGGCUCAUCAAAUACUCCCCGCUCCAUAACAUCUGCAUCCCAGAGGGCAAUGGAGUCCAGUACCCAGCAGUACUGCUGCUGACAGGGGACCACGAUGACCGGGUGGUGCCUCUCCACUCUCUUAAAUACAUCGCCACCCUGCAGUACAUUGUAGGCCGCAGCCCCAAGCAGACAAACCCACUGUUCAUCCUUGUGGACACAAAGUCAGGCCAUGGUGCGGGCAAGCCCACUAGCAAGGUCAUCCAGGAGGUGGCUGAUACCUAUGCCUUCAUCGCUCACUGUCUCAACAUCUGCUGGGUCAAAUAACGUGUGUGUGUGUGUGUGUGUGUGUGUGUGUGUGUGUGUGGGUGUGGUUUUGUUUGUUUUCUUCCAAUACUCAAAUCGUCUUUGGAAUACUGUUCAUGCCAGGUAUUCUUUUUAAACUUUACACCAACAGGGCAACAUCUUUUCUUCAUGUUUAUCUAUUUUUGUUACCCCCUUCCUUCUCAGCAUGAGCCUGUUAGGACACAGACUCGUUAGGAUCUCUGAUUGCACUUGAACAUGAGUACAGUAUAAGCCAACUAGCAGCACUCAAAACUCUCACUCCCCUGAAGCCCAUGUUUGUAGUCCUACUGAAACUAAGCGUGACUACAUCAUCAGCGAUGGCUGUGUAAAGGGAUGGACUAACUUCACGGUUAGAGUGAUCGGCCAGUCAGCCGUUACAGUCAAGAUGCAAACGUUUAUUUGAAGAUGGUUUCUGCAUCCUUUGGGUGCUCCAACAUGAUGAAUAUUUAUUUUUUGUUUGUGCACAGAAUGGAAAUGCUGGAUGUUGAAUCAUUUCAGCUUGUACAAGUUUGAUGAGACAGUGUUGUGCAAAUGAUAAUACUGCAUUUCAACAGUAUUACUGUGGAUGUGAGUGUGGAGACUUGCAAAACACACUUUGCAUUGUAUGUGUGUGUGUGUUUGUGUGUGCGUGUUAGCUCCCACAUUUAUUUCAUAUUGAUAAUGAUUUCUACCUCGACAUGUACUGAUUGUUUAAAAGAAUAGUACACAAUGCCACCGCCACAAUAAACAGGUUU